AUGUCUUCCCAAAUAAAAGAGAUCUGUAAUUCAAUUAAUCGUGAACAACUUCAAAGCAUCCGUGAUUUAACAUCAGGACAUUUAAAUGAAAAUAAUCUUUAUCGUCCACAACCAACAACCAAUGGAGAAAAGAAAUCAUGUUGGUCAUCUUCUCAAAAGCCUCGUCCAACUUUACGACCAGCUCAUCGUUUUCAAACAUAUUCAUCAAAUGUUGAACAAAUGACAAAUGGUUUAGUAGAUUUUACUUAUAUGACUUUACCAGAAAUUCCGAUAAAAAAAACAGCAAAACCAGCGAAAUUUGAUGAAAAAUUAUCACCAUCAAUAACCAGUGAACAAUUACCACCGAUCACAAAUGAACGUAUUCAAGUACCAACAUUUUCAAUAGAUUUAUCUGAAGAACAACGAGUGCGUAAAAUGCGAACAUUCAAUGAUUUGGUUUUACAAAAGAAUGAUGUCAAUUUACAUGGUUUGGGAUAUAGUGAAGAUUUUGUUGCUUUUGUUGAACAAAAUCUUAUAUUAAAAUUAGCGACGAUCGAAAGUCAAAAUAAAGGUCAAACAAUUAGUUUAACUCGUCUACAAGCGUAUGGUGAAGCAAUGAGUCAAUUGAUCGAAGGUUCAGUCGCCUUUGGUUCGAUUCUUGAACGUAUCAAAGACGAAUAUGAAUUAUAUCUUGAUCAUUUAUUAACUAGUCAACCUGAAUAUGGCACUCAUGUUGCUGAGCAACUAAAACGAUUGCGUCAAACUCAACCAAAUUUCUCAACAGCUGAUUCAGAAUUAUUUGAUAUAGAUAAAAUCGAAGAACAAACAAGACAAGCAUUAAAACGAAAUCGAACAUUGAAUGAAGAACUCAAACGACUAAAACAAGAACAAAUCAAAAUGAGAACUGAAGCAGCAGCUCCAAUAAUCGAAGUUCCAGUUGCAUCUACAGAAUUAAAAAUUAAAACACAAACAGAACAAAUUGAUGACAUGAGACAAAAUAUAUUUGAUUUAUUCGAUCGAAUGACAAAGAAAAAACAAGAAUUAACUGAAAACUUUGUUCCGAUAUCUGUUUGUACACAACUUCAACAAGCUAUUCGCGACGCAGAAAUGGAUGUAAUAAAGACAAAUAAACAAAAUGAAACAUUAUCUGGUGAACUUGAUAUUUUAGAAGAAAGAAUUAAACACGAAAUUCUUUCUCAUGAUCAAACUGAAUUUGCUGACGAAAAUGUCAAUCAAAUUAUUCAACUGCUCAAGAAAGUUGAUGUAUUACAUAUGAAAAAAUCGAUUUCCAAUGAAGAUAAUAUUGAUGAUCGAUACUUUUUACAUACUUAUGAUGAUUAUUUUUCGUAA